CUCAAAUGUGGUUGCAACACAUGGAUCGUCCGAUCCAUGGAUUGACUCUGGAGUCACGAGAACAAAUGGGCCUGGCUAUCGAGUUCUUAUUGCGAACUGUGCAGACUGUGGGCGGUCUGGCGAUCUUGCGACACCAAGACCAACGGAUUCAGAAGCAUUACAAUUACAGAGAGAUGAAUUGGCCUUAUUGUUGGAUACUUGGAUGACAAGUGAACGCGUCUCCUAUACAUUUGUCCUCGGCGGCAGCUUUAUCAGCCGGGCCUUGCUGGAGAAGGAGAAAUUGAUGAAAGCCAUUCAGAGCGAUCUUCAUGAUUUUUUUGAUCACAGUGCUGAAAUCCAUGCCUUUGAAUUUGAUAGUACCAGUGAAAAACUGACGAUUAACUUUGUUUUCUAUGCAAAUCGUAUGAAUAAAGAGCAUAUAUCUUCUUUCUCACGCAAUAUACGGAAUAAUUCCUCUUUUCUCUUGGCUACAAAAAAAACACUUUCUAAUUUUGGGGUUGAAGAUGAGGCUUUGGUUAUUGCUUUUGAACGGAUUUCAACACCAAUUAUUGAUGAAAAUCCGAUGAAUGAAAAUGAAGUGAUAUACCUUUUGCGCUAUAUGGGAUUUUUUUUACUGUUUCUAAUUUCAUGUGCUGUGAUUGCAUGUAAAUACCGCAAUCAGAAAAACAAAAACAAAAACAAAAAACAAUUCUUAUUCCAUAAUGUAAAGGUAUAG